UUAAAAAUCUUUUCACACUCGUUAAAUGUUUACCGUAGAUAUAUCUAAUAAGUGUUUGUCUAAUUAUUUUCAAGAAACAUUAAUUUUAUAAUCAUGUCUAAAGUAUAAUUGGAUUUUGAAAUAAGUAUACUUUUAAUAUGAUACAGGUACCUAAUGCUGUUUAAAUAGUUUACAAGUUCAGUUAACUGUUUCAAUUUAAUUAUCGGCACAUUAACGCGGGCCUGGUGAGCAUACAUAAUUGAUCUUGAAACGAUAAAUACCACACUAGGGUAAUGCAUGAAAGAUGAUCUCUUUCGUGGGACAAUGCACAUCGAUUGCAAAACAAUCAACGUCGACCUUUUACUGGGCACGUUUCGUCAUGCGACACCGUUCGGUAGCAAAUAGCUGAUGCAUGUAUUAUGAAGAAAUUGAAAUUACCGUUCUAGUAAUUUGUCGUUAACGUUGUGACCGAUUGGCGGCGAAACCGUGGUGAAUACUUGGCUCUCUUAAUGAGUUUACCAAGUCAUAAAGUGCAUUCGUCCAUUGUGCGAAGUGCUCAUUAGAAAUGUACAGACUUGUCUUGAUAACAGCGGCGACGACUGCAACAGCAGUGCUGCAACCUUGCACUGAUUAUUGCGAAUCGUUAUUCACCGGUGCCAACAAUAUAUGGCGGCCAGAUUGUGUUUGCUCAACAAACGAUAGUAUGAAACCAAUAUCGAUGCCAAGGUCCGAAAUCAAACCGGCUUUUCAACACGGAGACACUGCCGUUUAUUAUGAACCAGCAGAACACGUUCCUAGUGAAAGAGUAUCAUUCGUCUAUCACCCUUUUUUUAUUUUGAAUCCUACAUUCAAACGACACGCCGAAAACGAUGUGAACGCGCAAAGUAAUGGUCGUCCAAAAUAUAAGCUAAAAGCAAAUAUUGUACACAAUUCAAACACUCAACCAGGUGAACUCCCUCUUUAUCUAGAUGUGUCUGUACAAGAUACUGUAAAUCCUAGAUCUUCUGUAAAGGAAUUUGAUACCAAGGAUUUUAAAUUAAUCGAACAGAAUUUGUUGGAGUGCAUAGAUCUUCAUAUAUUAAUUUACUCAAGGCAAAAUAAUAACAUCACUAAAUUAAAAGAAAUUUGGGGAGAUAAUAAAUUUAAAAAAUAUGAUAAUAUGUCGAAUUCUGAUAUUAUGAUCGAAAUUCAAAGUAAGUGUGGUCAGCCAGCUAGUAUCGUGAAAGAAAGUUUAAAUGAAAUAAAAAUGUCAUUACCCAAAAAAAAUACUCCUCAAUACAAAUCAGCUCAAAAAGAUCUAAUUGAUGAAAUAAUAACUGCAAUACCUAUGUUAAAAAAUAAUUCAUUGAAUUUCAAUAGAUCAGAUGAAUUAUCUUUUACUACAACAGAGAAUACAAAUUUCAAAGAUGAAACUACUACUAGUCAGGAUUUUGAUAAAUCACACUCUGUUUCGAAUAAUAAAAGUAAGACAAUAUCUACCAGGUCGACGUCAAUGAACACUUCGAAUAACCAGGAUUCUGAAAAUCGAGAAACAUUAACGUCAACUGUAGAACCGAUAGCACAAUAUUAUGAAGACAACAUAACAAGCCCACGUGACACUUUUAGUACCCAAUAUACGAAAGAAGAAAAUUUAUUUUCUGUUACUCCAAUAAAAAUUGAAAAUAUGACAGAAAAGGAAUAUCUAGGAAAAUAUACUAAAACGUAUGACAAAAGUUCUAACAAAAAUAGAGAUAUUUUCUUUACUGCGUCGACUAAUAGUCCUAUAACACAAAUCAAUACUGUUGGGUUCACUCUCACUGAUGCUCCAAAAGACAUAUUGCAAGCAGAAACUUCAACUGAAAAUACAGAUAUUAAAGAUCCAGCCAAUAAAAUUAAAUAUGACGAUACACAGACUAAAGACAAAGUUCAAGAAGAACUUACGGAAUUUAAUAGUAUAAAGACUGCAACUAAUAAUCGCACACUAUAUCCAGAUGAUGAUAUUAAACUAUCAAAAGUAAUAGUUAAAGAAUAUUCCAAUGACACUGUUGUUAGUGAAGUGGCUGGUAAUGAAUUAUUGCGUAAUAAUGACUUCAUCUAUGAUAAUAGCUCUGACAAUGAGAAUCUAACCAUCAGGACAAAAAUUGAUAAUCUAAAAGAAAAUUAUAGUAAUGAUACCAGUCCGUCAGCCAGUACCUACAAUGAUGGUAAUUAUAUGUUUGAUAUUAACAAACGAAUUAGUAUAACCACGACAACAAUGAAAUCAUCUGAAAUUCAAGAAAGUCCACAAUAUGAAAUUACUGGGAAACUCUAUUUCUAUUUUAAUAGAGAGUCAAUUCCAGUACAGUUUGUUCAGAAAACUGAUGGAAAUAUUAAUGUAGGUUUAGAUGGUAUAUCACUGUGUAAUGAACUAAAUAAUAGUGUAAAAAGUAAAUCUACUCUGUUGACAAUUUUAUGUAAUUGCGCAAAAUCAUCAAAUUGCACAACUAAAGAAUAAUAAUAUUUAUUCAUACAUUUUGUAUGAUGUUAGGUGUUCUGAAAUAUUUAGUACUGCUACUUGUACUAAAAUGGCAUAUUUUUUGUUGUGAUAUUUGUUUAAAGAAAAAAAGAUUUUAG